UUGUUCCCGGCAUCCAUUUCGUGGCGGCGGCGGCUGAAGGGGGCAGAAAAGAGGUUUUCGGCGAAGCGGCGACCGCCAUGUUGGGAGCGUCGGGGCGGCUGUAGGCGGAGGAGGAAGGAGGGCUGGGCCUUGGUGAAGAGAAAGGAAGGGAAGGGGGGAGGAAGCGUCGCGGGCCGGGACGGGCAGGCCCCGGGGAGGCCUGCUACUCGAGUCCAGGCCCGGCUGCGGCCUAGUCGAGGCCUAGUCGCCUGCCUGAGUCCUGAGGCGCCCGCCACGAUGAGCGGGGGCACGCCGUACAUCGGCAGCAAGAUCAGCCUCAUCUCCAAGGCCGAGAUCCGCUACGAGGGCAUCCUCUACACCAUCGAUACCGAGAACUCCACCGUGGCCUUGGCCAAAGUUCGUUCAUUCGGUACAGAAGACAGACCAACAGAUCGGCCCAUACCACCUCGCGAUGAAGUAUUUGAGUACAUUAUAUUCCGUGGCAGCGAUAUUAAGGAUUUGACUGUUUGUGAACCGCCCAAACCACAGUGUUCUCUUCCUCAGGACCCAGCUAUUGUUCAGUCUUCUCUAGGAUCGUCUUCUACUUCUUCAUUCCAGUCUGUGGGCUCCUAUGGUCCUUUUGGCAGGAUGCCAGCCUACAGCCAGUUUAGUCCAAGUCCGUUAGUGGGCCAGCAGUUUGGGGCUGUUGGUGUUGGAAAUUCGCUGACAUCGUUUGGAACGGAAUCGUCAUCUGGUGCUAAUUUGUCCCAGAGCAACGCAGUGGGUUCGACUUUUACAACGGAUACAAGAUCUUUAAAAACCCAGCUUUCACAAGGGCGUUCAAGUCCCCCAUUGGACCAUUUGAGAAAGAGCCCGACCUUGGAGCAAGCGGUGCAGACGGCCCCGACCCACUUACCUGCUUCGACACCCAUUGGGAGGAGGAGUCCUCUCUCGGCUAGACCCCUGGGAGGAGCCAACCAAAAAACGUUAGACCAUCAUGAGCACAGAAGAGCUGAAAUGCAUAAAGUCUCAAGAAGUGAAGCAGAGCAUCUCAGAAAUGAGAACAAACGUCAAAUGGUUCCAGGUGUCCCUACAGCGCGAAGGGGCCGCGGGGGCCACCGGGGCGGCAGAGGACGGUUUGGAAUCAGGCGGGACGUCCCCAUGAAGUUUGAGAAGGACUUUGACUUUGAGAGCGCAAAUGCCCAGUUCAAUAAAGAGGAGAUCGAUCGUGAAUUUCACAACAAGCUAAAACUGAAAGAAGACAAACCAGAGAAACCUAUAAAUGGCGAAGACAAAGGGGAUUCGGGUGUCGACACCCAAAACAGCGAGGGCAACGCCGACGAGGAGGAGUCUCUUGCCGCCAACUGCUACUAUGACAAAACCAAAUCCUUCUUCGACAACAUUUCCUGUGAUGACAAUAGAGACCGGAGACCAACCUGGGCAGAGGAGCGGAGGCUAAACGCAGAGACCUUUGGGCUCCCCUUGCGCUCAAACCGCGGCCGAGGAGGGGGCUACCGGGGCCGAGGGGGAGGUGGCGGAGGCGGUGGCUUCCGGGGCGGAAGAGGACGCGGAGGAGGAGGCGGCGGUGGAGGCGGCAUGAGGGGGAAUUUCGGAGGUGCCCCCCGAGGCUUCCGGGGAGGAUACCGGGGCAGCCGCGGCGGACGGGAGUUCGCUGACUUCGAAUACAGGAAAGACAACAAAGUUGCUGCGUAGUCUGCAAAAAAGAGGUCUUGCGGAGAUCUUCACGGAGAAUGUGUCGGCCUUUUUUUGCAAAAGAGUUGAAAUAAUUUUUUUCCUGUCCAACCUGUCACCAGCACUGGGGUCUGUUUGAUUUUAUUGGUUUUUUAAAAAAAAUAUUCACAGAGCAGGAGCCUUUUAGGAAGAAGAAUUAUUAUUAUAUAUAAAAAACAAACGGCCAUUUGUCCGAAAAAAAGCAACAAGCAUUAAAUAUAUUUGAGAUAGAAGACUGAAGUAAUUUCUUACCUAAAGUUACACAAAUAUAAAGCUGUACUUCAGUGGAGUUUUAAUUAUUAUUUUUUCUGUCACCGGGGUUUUUUUUUUCUGAACCAAAUCCGUAUUUGGUAAUUGCUGCAGGCUGCAAAGACAAUUAAUUGUAUGCAGAAAAGGCCGUCAGUACUGUGAGUGUGUUGUUUUUUUGGAAACCCCGUCAUCUCCCUUUGAGAUAGCUGUAUCUUUUUGUCAUAAUAGGAUGGUAGAAAACACGAAAAAAAAAAUAUAAACACGGUAAAAAUGCAGUUUCUUAGGCAAAGGAAGGAAAACAAAACCCUUUUUUAUAGUUGUACAAUUCUGUGAUUUACCCCAUUGCCAAAGAAACGCUAGGGACUUUGUAUAGCUGUAUAAAAAGCAACUAAUUUUGUAAGAAUAAACCUUUUUUCAGUCUCUUGCUGCGCGGAGAAUGCUAAAACACAAGACAUGCAACACACACAAACACGCAAACAAGUUAGUUGUUUGGGUUUUUUUGUAGCUUUCCAGCUUUAAACUCGUUUGGGUUUUUUUAAUGGUUUGACUUUAAGCAACUAUGUGAAAUGUUCUUCUGUCAUGAGACAAAACUGGAUUAAGACAAGCGAAUUUUUUUCAACAGAAAUUCCUGUUGUCAUUGUAAGAAUGGAUCAAAUAAAGAGGAUUUCUUUUCCAAUGAGGACAAACCUUAGUUAGCACUUCGUGGCACAAUUCACAGUUCGUAUUUGUGAAAUUUCUCCCAAAAAAAGGCCCACGGCACACUAAGUUGUGAUGUUCCUGGCGUUCAAAUGAAAUGUCUCCAUGUGUCGAUCCUUCCAAGCGUUGACUCUGUUUUAAUAUUGUUGGACUACUCUUUAUUAUUAUUAUUAUAUAAAAACAAGUGAUGAUUUCUUAGUGUUUGCCAUUUAUUGCUUGAGCUUUGGAUGGAAGUGUAGCUUGGGAGGCAUUCUUCGAAAUGUAUCUCCACAGUGGUUUUGGUAUGGAGUAAACACGUUCGUUUUCCAAUUCCAAAUGACUAGUUACGACUUCUUUUUGGAGGCAGCAAGUGUGUUUUAUAUCUGGGAAUAAAGGGAUCCAAAGAUUUAACAUCCUUUUUUAAAUCUUAAUUUGUUUCUCUGUCAUGUUCAGUAGCAACCAAUAUGUGGACGACUUCACUGUUAGGGAAACACAGGAAAUAUUGAAUCGACUGAAUGAUAAUUUUAUAUCUGUUUUUUUUUUUGUUUAGCACUAUAAGGAAGUGUUUUGUCAUUGGUUUCAACCGUAGAGGAUUAGAUACACUCGUUUAGUACUAUUUUUAAUUAUUAUUAUUUGCAUGUUAACAACAACAAGGCCUUUUGGGGAAAUCCACAAAUCAUGACACUGAACCGCUGUUGUUUUUGAGUUCGUUUCCUUUUUAAUUUUAAAGAGAAACUGCUGUACUGUUGGCAAUAACUCUUGUGUACUGUCCGAAUGUGUCCCGGGUUGAUAUUUUAAACGAUGACAUCAGUUGUAAAUACCUGAAUGAGACCCGCUGUGACAGUGGUGUGAAUGGGUUUUCUCACUUGGCCUGCCAGUCCCUUUGGGUUUACGAGUCGGGAUGCCGAACGCCGCGUGUGUGACGUUCCUUCGGUGUACUUUGCUACGGAAAAAGAGAGAGCCUUCUGUUUUAAGCCAGAAUAAAAGCGUUGAAUUAAAAAAGGACAAAAAAACCCACA